UCGCCAGCUCGCCAUCGCCCCAUCCACCCCCCCAAGACUGAGGGGACCGACAGGCGGGACCAGCUCAGGGGGGGGAAACCUCGACCUGGAAUCGGCGAUAAAUCGCCGAUGUAUCGGCGAUUGGCACCUAACCCCCUUAUACGCGGGGCAUCACAAUACGCGGAAUACGCGGGACACCCUUACCGGUGUCAGCGUACCAAUGUUGUAAGCAUGAUCCCAAGGACGACAGACCCAUAAGAUAACGCUGCAAUGCUGCGCAUGAAAGAAUACCCGACGCAGCAGCAACAAAGUUUUCGAGGUCAAUACAACAUCACAAAAGCAUCGUUCCUCCGCAUGUUUUCAUCUUCCCAGCUGUGGCUCUGGGCAUCACUCGAAAGUUACAAUUGCGACUGUCGGCAAGGAGGCGAAAGGACGGUCGCUCGUUUUCCCCUCAGCCAGAGCCGUAUGCUUGGUGCAAGCCGCUGGGGGAAUCAUUACGUCCUUGUGGUCGUCUUCCCCCAGCAGACCUCCGAUGGCAAACCCUGCGUGCCGCAAAUGUUUCUCGUACACAUUAAGAUACAGGAGGCCAUUCUCCGCACGUCCAUGAACGAGUUUCAGCUCAAAUUUUCCGAAUCGUAGACCCAAAACGAAGGGCCGCUCUCACGUGUAGCCGACAUCACCCCAUCGCCAUCACCCCUCCACCCCCCCCAAGACUGAAGGGGGACCGACAGGAGGGGACCAGCUCAGGGAGGGGGGGAAAGGUCGACUUGGAAUCGGCGGUAAAUUGCCGAUAUAUCAGCAACUGGCACCUACCCCUCAUACGCAGGGCAUCACAAUACGGGGGACACCCUUACCGGUGUCAGCGUACCAAUGUUGGAAGCAUGAUCCCAAGGACCACAGACCCAUGAAAGAACGCUGCAAUGCUGCGCAUGAAGAGAUAGCCGACGCAGCAACAGCAAAGGUUUCGAGGUCAAUACAACAUCACAAAAAACAUCGUUGCUCCGCAUGCGUUCAUCACCCCAGCUGUGGCUCUGGGCAUCACUCGAAAGCUGCCAUUGCGACUGUCGGCGCAUAAGCCAGAACACGGUCGCUCGUUUUCCCAUUCGCCAGAGCCGUAUGCUUGGCACAAGCCGCUGGGGAAAUCAUUACGUCCUUGCGGUCGUCUUCCCCCGACAAACCUCUGACGGCAAACCCUGCGCGCCGAAAAUGCUCCACGUGCAAAUUAAGAUACAGGCGGCCGCUCUCUGUACGUCCAUGAACGACUUUCAGUUCAACUGUGCGGAAUCAUAGCCCCACAGCGAGCCAUUACGUAGCCUUGUUCUCAGGCUGCGACACGCUGUAAUGAUAGCCUCCAGCUUGAUUUGCCUCUGCCCAAGACCCUGUGACCCUGUGACGUCCACUUCCUGGAAAUACAUAUCCGCGCAGGAUCCACCCAACUGGCGCGCAUCGGCCUGCGCGCGAAACAAUGCGUCCUCAGCGCCCAUUCCACGAGGAACGUUUAUCAGAACAUGCUUGCCUGCGUUUUGAAGACGGGGGUCGCCAGCGGCAGCCGCGCCGGCGCCGCUCAUGGAUCCAGCCAUGGCAGCUGCAGGAAGAAACGUCGGAUGUGGCGUCGGCCAGCCUGGAAGAAAUGUCGGGCUGAGCGUCGGGCUGGGCGUCGGAAGCGCCGUCGGGAAGGCCGCCGGGUAGGGCAUCGGGAAAGCCGUGGGGAAGGCCGUCGGGUAGGGCGUCGGGAAGGGAGGGCGUCGGGAAAGCCGUCGGGAAGGGCGUCGGGGAGGCCGUGGGGAAGGCCGUUGGGAAGCCGUCGGGUAGGGCGUCGGGUAUGGCGUCGGGUAGGACGUCGGGUCGGGCGUCGGGAAGGCCGCGGGGAAGGCCUUCGGGUGGGACGUCGGGAAAGCCGGGGGGAAGGCCGUCUAGAAAGGCGUCGGGCAGGGCGUCGGGUAGGGCGUCGGGUAGCACUCGAGCGCUACGGCGGGAAAAACGCCGUCGCUGCCAAAGCCGACGCAGCGAGCGGCCGAACGCCAUCACCGCCGCGUAGCGGAAAACACCCGAUCUGGCAGGGAGGCAUCCGACUGUGCACGUGCGGCUGGCAAAAUAGAAGGAGAAAGCCCGAGUGCGCCCUGUG